AUGUCCCCUCUCCUGAAGGGCACGGUACCACCUCCUCCGGCACGCUCUCUGUGGCCGGACGUGGAUGACCGAUCGGUGGCUGGUUGUGGGGGUGGUGACCUUGGACAUCUCUGCUCGUGCUCCGAGGGUGCUCGGAUGCUCGGGACGUUGGGCUGUCGAGCUGUUCUUUGGUGCUCUUUUUUUCGGCAUGACCUGCGUGAUGAACGAUUGAGAGGUGGGAAAAACAUGGGCCUUUUGAAGGAGUGUUCUGUUACAUGUUUGCAGUGUUCAGUCUUAGUGCAUGCAAGUGUGUCACAUGUUUCUGAUGACUCAACAAAUUCUAGAGGUUUUCCAGUAUUCAACGGAUUCCUCACAUGUUGUGUUGAGUAUGUUGAUGAAAGCUGGUUCAACCAAGAGAGGUUAAGUGACCUUAUAGCACCCUACUGA